AUGGCCGACACCGCAAACAAUAACCAGAAAAUCUGCUACGACUUCGCCGAGCGCGGAUCCUGUCGCUUCAAACGCUGCAAAUUUGCGCACGUUCGCCGAAACAACGAUAAAGCCCAUGGGCAAAUUGACAGAAGAGGCCAUCGGAGUAGUCCGCGCAACGAUGCAACGGAGCUUGCUCUUUGGAAGCGACAAGUCGGCAGUCCUCAGCAUAACCUCCCGCUGGGCAGACACCUAGGGCCGAUAUUCGCCAAGGCCAGAGAGCUGAUCGAGCUCGAUGAAGGCACACUCCAGGAUGUAAUCCUGUAUCUUUCCAAAGAGGGCGGUCUGAGACGGAUCCAGGAGCUGGUUCAGCGUGACUUUGGCUCGCUUCAGGCGUCUGCGACACGCGAUCUGUUUGUCAACCAAAUGCUGCCCUUCAUGGAGAUCAUCACACAUCCGAACGUCCUCGCCUCGCUAGUGAUGGAGCAAGCAGUCGGCACCAUAUACAACUGUCUCUACGGGAUCAAUGGGCGCCGAGCAGAGCCUUUUUUGGCAUUUUUAGCGAGUGCCAUACAACUCGAAAUUGAGACUGAAGGGAAUGCGGCAUCCGCAUACCUCGAACAGUCCAUCCUAGUCUUUUGGAAGAUUGUCGAGGUCAACUCGACUGCUUUCAUUCAAGACGCGCUGAAGACUGUUGCCCAACGAUUCGCCGACCUGUUUCUUACACUUCAUGCCUUGGACGGCUCCGAUACCCUUCAUCAAUCGCGAGAUUACCUGGACAAGCUGCAGCAUCGACUCGACAUCGGGCUUUCUCUGCCAACGGUGACAAAGACAUCAAAGCAGCAUGUUAAUCAACAGCCCAGUGCCUUUGUAACGCUGAAAGAACCACCUGGAGGGCGCCACGACAAUGACCACGCGGAUAUUUGCAAGAUCAAGGUCAUGCCGACAUUUCAGGAAAUCUUGUCACCGCGCCCCGAGUAUCUUCCCGUCAAGGAUCCACGCCAGUGGCAUCUCAGCGGACUCGCCGGACUUUUGGAUAGGAACUUCCGACUCCUGCGAGAAGAUACGGUCGGCCAGCUCAGGGACGCAAUCCAUGCUGAGCUGCAAGCGGUCGGUCAAAAGAGAAGCUUGGCCCAGAAUCGCCAAACUAGGACACACGUCUACAGGCAGGUAGUCGUCCAGGGAGUGGACUUUCACCGAUUUGAAGGGCUGCAGUUUGUGGUUCGCUUUGCUCAGCCGACAACUGUCCGGGGAUCAGCGAAGAAGAAAAUACAAGAGUGGUGGCAACUAUCGAAGCGUCUACAGUCAGAUGCACUGGUUUGUCUUGUUGAUCCGCGCGGGUCGGCGAUCUUCUGCACAGUUGCUUCACCAGAGCGCCCAAGGCCAGGAUCCGACGCAGCUGAGAAACCCCAAGAGAGACUGACAGGUUCCCUCUCAGACAAUCCCAGUGUAGCUUCUGUUCUCCUGAAGUUGGUCCAGCCCGGUGAGAGCAGCUGGCAGUACAUCCUCGACUGUCAAGCGUCCCACUUCAAGCCGCCAUCCAUUUCGCUUGUGGAAUUUCCUGGCAUUCUCUUGCCAUCAUUUCAACCUACUCUGCUUGCUCUUCAGAGAAUGCAGAGAGCCGCAGAUGUUCCCAUGUCGGAGUUUCUUGCUCCCAGUGACAAGAACUCGCUGUCGAUUUUGGCCGACGUCCCACCCCCUGUCUACGCAGCUUCCCAAGGCUUCAGCUUUGACCUGAAGUGUCUCAUGAAGGAUGAUUCCAGUUUGCAGCUGCACAGUUCUCGGCCUUUUGACCUGGAGAAGCUUCAGAAGAAUACCACACUCGAUAACGCCCAGGCCGAGGCUCUAGUUCGCACCCUUCAGCGCAAGAUUGGUCUGAUACAAGGCCCACCAGGAACCGGAAAGAGCUUCACCGGAGUCGCACUGAUCAAAGUCUUGUUGGCUAACAAGGCUAAGGUCAGAAAGCGUCUAGGGCCAAUUAUAUGCGUUUGCUAUACCAAUCACGCCCUUGACCAGCUCCUGGAAGACCUGCUGGAUAACAAGAUAACUUCGCAGAUUAUCCGGAUUGGUUCUCAAUCCAAGUCGGAGCGCUUGCAGCCACUGAAUCUCCGAAAUGUUGUCCGGAAUGUUCAAAAGACACGCCUAGAGAAGACUGAAACAUGGCAACUGCAUAACGCGCUUGAUGAGCAUGAGGCUCAAAUCCGAAAGCUCAGACUAAACUCAGUUGGCUCAGAUCAUAGUCUAAAGUAUUACCUUGAACGGCACCAACCAGUCCAUUAUAAUCAACUGUUCGGCGAGGACGAAGAUGGCUUUCAGAAGCAGAAAAGGAAGGACCCCGCCCACGCAAUACAGUCGUGGCUAAGGGGUGGCAGGCAUAUCGCAGCACAGCCGCGGUCCCUUAGAGAACUUGCGCGGGUUCACGUCGAUACCAUGACGGCGUCGGAGCGCAAAGCGCUCCACACUUCCUGGAUAGAUGAUCACAGGAAGAAUUCCCACCUUCGGGCGCAGGCAGCAUUCUCCGCCUAUCAGGAGACCAAGACUUCCUGGAACAGGAUUCGAGACGAGAUGGACUUGCGGUGUCUCAAAGACGCGGAUGUGAUUGGAGUGACUUCAACUGGUCUAGCCCGGAACCUCGAGAUGCUCCGCCGAUUACCAUCCAAAGUACUGGUAUGCGAAGAGGCUGGAGAGGUAUUGGAGGCGCACUUGCUUACUUCGCUGUUGCCAUCUCUCGAGCAAGUGAUCCUCAUCGGCGAUCACCAACAGCUUCGGCCUCAGAUCCAAAACUAUGAUCUGUCGCGCGAGAGCAAGGCAGGAAGCCAAUACGCGUUGGACAGGUCGCUGUUUGAGCGCCUGGUGGAGCCGGAUGAUGGCGUCGGGGUCCAGAUUCCGUUCUGCAGCUUGGAAACGCAGCGACGAAUGCAUCCGUCGAUAUCCCAGCUCAUCCGAGACACGCUGUACCCGCACUUGCAAGAUGCGCCAUCCGUGUCCAUAUACCCAGAGGUUGUAGGAAUGCGAAAGAGACUUUUCUGGCUUGACCAUCGUGUACCAGAGGGUAACGCUUCGAGCCAGGAGGCUUUGGCAACAUCCCAUUGGAACGAUCACGAGAUACAGCUGACAGUUGCACUGGUAAAUCACCUUCUUCGCCAAGGGACCUACCAAAGCGGGGACAUUGCUGUUUUGACUCCUUACCUUGGCCAGCUUCAUCGGCUGCGUCGGAAGCUGAGCGAAUCGUUCACUAUCACAGUCGGAGAAAGAGACGAGGAUGACCUAGUCAACGCUGGCUUCAUCGAGGACGAGGCGCCCUCGGAAACGGCGACAAUCGUUCGAUCAACGCUCCUCCAUUCUCUAAGGGUUGCAACAAUUGACAAUUUCCAGGGUGAAGAGGCUAAAGUGGUGGUGAUAUCCGUGGUGAGAAGCAACGACCAGAAUCGCUGCGGCUUCCUCCGUACACCAAACCGCAUCAACGUGCUUCUCUCCCGUGCCAAACACGGAAUGUACCUUAUCGGCAAUUCCAGAACCUCGAGGGGUGUCGACAUGUGGGAGUAUCAGAACCCGAUCAUUUUGUCCAAUACUCCCCCGAGGGAGGUUGCAGUCUGCAGUGUGGCAAACGCCUUGCGUGCGGCCAUCCAUGCAAGCAAAAGUGUCACUCAGAACUACUCCAUAGCGCGGUUUAUUGCCCAGAGCAAUGCCAGCGGCCACGGAAAGGCUGCCCGCAUCCUUGUCCUAAGCGUUGCGGAGACCCCUGCCCUGAGCGAUGUACUGUUAACAUUCCUGACGCUCGCCGUCUUCUUCCAUGCGGACAUCCAAUGGUCAAUCUCCCUUGCUGGCAGGCGCAGGAUCUUAGCCUAG